AUGUCGUCGAAAAUUCGCAUUUUAUUCCCCCGGAAUCCGCCGGACGUUUUUGACGACUGUAAGGAGUUUCCGACAUAUGCGCCAACGAUUGAAUGUCUGUUUCCGGGCUGGACGCUGGAGAUAAUUAUGACCAUUUCGCAAGCCCUGCAGCUUACUGUAGAGCCGGUUUUUAUGGAGGGCGCCGUCGGUGAAGUCAAUUGGGGAACUUUGGCGAACGGAAGCUGGGAGGGUGCAUUACAAUAUCUACAACAAGAUAAAGUGGACGUGAUCGCGCUGCUUUUUCAACAAACCGACGUGCGGGCGCAGUAUUUCGAUUAUUCGUAUCCGGUUACAUAUAUCCAACAAGUCCUAAACGUCCGCGAAAUCGAUGCCACCGGCCGUUUCCUGUUGAUAAUCUUCGGCGUCGGCCAUCUCAUUCUAUUCCUCGGUUUAUAUCAAAGCUAUUUAAUUUCCGCGUUGCUCCAAGAUACAGUAACCCUACCAUUUAAGGACCUAAACGAGAUGAUUCAAUCAGUCAGUGACGGUCAUUACCAGGCUGUGAAGAUACAGAAUGGGAAUUGGAUUUUCUCGGACAUCGAAGUGAGCCCAUUUUUCGAGUCGAUGCGCUCGGCACUAAAGUUGAAUCCCUGGGCGACUGUCAAGGACAGUUUUGCCGGAAUCGAUCUGUUAGAAACGGGAAAAUACGUAAUGUUUAACCAAAUCGACGCCUAUUCCGCACUGUACGUCAGCCAAAAAUGCGAUUUGCUGACGAUUAGCGAAGGUCUUCCCCAAAAAUCGGCCCAUUUUCUCUUCCAGCGUGGCUCCGAAUUUCUGGCCAAAUUUAAUAAGCAAAUUAUCAUGCAACAAUCCUUCAUCCUGCGCACCUACAACAAAUACUUUGACUCGGGCUUCAAGCUGUCUCGGCGGAGCGAUUGCCACGAGUCCUCAGGAAAUACUGGCGAUUUUAAAGUUUUGGGCGUCAUGGACUGCAUCGGACUGUUCGUGGUUUUGCUGAUCGGCUGGGCUGCGGCCCCCUUCGUUUUCAUUGCCGAAAUCUUUGUGUUUAAGUUCGUUGCCCGGAAAGUGACCGGAAGGCCGAAGUUA